UUAGAUGGUCUAGCAACCAGGGCAAACGAAAUCAUACAUUCAAAGAUAGCUCUCUCUCUCCAGUCAACUUUGAAUCUAGCCCAAUAAUUGUAAAUUCCAAAUGGAGGACUCUCGUAUUCGAACCUUAAAGGACCUGAUAAAUUCGUUCCGCUUUCUCGAGCAGUUCAUGAACUCCCAUAUGCAAUGCAUUAACUCUGAGGAAAGAGGAUUGCGGCAGAGUAUGGACAACUGGGAAACAACCCACAGAACUUUCGAACGCCUAGGAAAUCUGCAGGACUUACAGGAAUUAUUGGACGAAUAUCAGCGCCAGAAAAAUAAAAUUCUGUCAACAAUCCAGACAUUUUUGGACUAUAACAAGGACCUCAGAGGCACCAAAUACUACUUGGAGGCAACCAAUCUCAUCCAGAAGCAGAAGGCCUUGGAGUGCCCCAAUACCGAGCAGACGAUGGGUCAACUGGACGGAGGAAACCAAACCCUAGCAGCUGCAGAAGGACACGUGGUAGAGGUAGAUCCUCAACAUGCAGAUCAGAAGCUUUCCAAAGCUAAUUAAAUGGUUAAUGUAUAUUUUAAAAAUUACCUCUUUUAGGGUUUGAUAAGCCUACAAAAUAUAUUCAGACCAUGAAAAA